UUUCUCUUCACUAGAUGAACAGAGAACCGAAGUGCAAGUUAUUGUGGGCCACAUGAACUUUUAUAAUAGCUGCCUCGUGUGCCAGUUAAAGUGAAGACGUCUCUGGAAAAAAGAAGUAAUGUAAGAAGGAAAGGCAAUUUAUUAAGCAGUAAAGGUACAUUGGAUUAUACCAUCAGAAACCCAGCUAAAUAUAUCGACGUAACAUUCAGAGCAAAUACUUUCAAGAAGUCUCUUGCUUUUAGCACAAUUGCACGGGCUCUAGAUGUGAAUCAAUCCCAUGAUGCAACAUGUGUCCCCUGCACCAGCUCUGACAAUGAUGGCCACCCAGAGUGUGCCCCCACCCCCUUACCAAGAAAGUCAGCAGAUGACAGCCACGGCGCAACAGACUGCCAAGCCCCAACCAGUGCACCUCCCAGCAGCCUCUGCAGCAGCAAACCCAGUCCCUGGUGCACCAAUUGACCCUCAGGCACAGCUAGAAGCUGACAAGCGGGCUGUCUACAGACAUCCGCUUUUCCCACUUUUGACACUACUGUUUGAGAAGUGCGAACAGGCCACCCAGGGCUCUGAGUGUAUAACAUCUGCCAGUUUUGAUGUGGAUAUUGAGAACUUUGUUCACCAACAGGAACAAGAACACAAACCAUUUUUCAGUGAGGACCCUGAACUCGACAACCUAAUGGUAAAGGCUAUCCAGGUUCUACGUAUCCACCUACUAGAGCUGGAGAAGGUCAACGAGUUGUGUAAGGACUUUUGCAACCGAUAUAUCACAUGCCUAAAAACCAAAAUGCACAGUGAUAAUUUGCUCAGGAAUGAUUUAGGUGGACCAUAUUCCCCAAACCAGCCCUCCAACAGCCUACAUACGCAGGACAUGUUACAGAACUCUCCAAACUCUAUGACUGGUCUAUCCAAUAACCCACAAGGGAUUGUUGUCCCUGCUUCAGCAUUGCAGCAAGGAAAUAUCUCUAUGACAACAGUCAACUCCUCUCAAGUUGUAUCAGGUGGGGCUCUUUAUCAGCCAGUUGCCAUGGUAACUUCCCAGGGUCAGGUAGUAACCCAAGCUAUCCCACAGGGAGCCAUACAGAUCCAGAAUGCACAGGUUAACCUGGAACUGACCUCCCUGCUUGACAGUGAAGAUAAAAAGUCUAAGAACAAGCGUGGAGUCCUGCCAAAGCAUGCUACUAACAUUAUGCGCUCUUGGCUUUUCCAACAUCUGAUGCACCCUUACCCAACAGAGGAUGAGAAGCGGCAAAUAGCAGCACAGACAAACCUGACACUGUUGCAAGUCAACAACUGGUUUAUCAAUGCAAGACGGCGCAUUCUCCAGCCAAUGUUAGAUGCCAGCAAUCCUGACCCUGCACCAAAAGCUAAGAAGAUUAAGUCCCAGCAUCGGCCAACUCAAAGAUUCUGGCCCAACUCUAUUGCAGCAGGUGUUCUGCAACAGCAAGGAGGGUUACCUGGCACUAAUCCUGAUGGUUCUGUCAAUAUGGAAAACCUGCAGUCACUCUCAUCUGACUCCCUCACGAUGCAGCAGGCCAUGAUGGCAGCUCAUGAUGACUCACUGGAUGGUACAGAGGAGGAAGAGGAUGAAGAAGAAAUGGAGGAGGAUGAACUGGAAGAUGACAGUGAGGAACUUCAGACGACAAAUGUUAGUGACCUUGGUUUGGAUCACAGUGACUCCCUGGAGUAAAACUUUGAUCAGGUGGAGAAAAAGGGUGGUUAAAGGCACACUUUGCAUUGAUCUAAAGCUCAAAUAGCCUUGGAAUAUCUUUAAAUAGCCCACUCCUACCUUCUAAUCAAUCAUGGAACAGACUCUCCAGUUAUCUGUUGCUCAAAUGUAACAGCCUGCACCUCUUUUUAAGUGGAAGACAACACAUCUGCCAGCACACAAGGUGGAAUAGAACCUGCCAAACUAGGACAAAGUCUAAUCCACUGUAAGAAGAACUGUUGAAUUCUUUCUUUUCCCUAACCCAGAGGAUUUGAAAAGCUGGAACUCCCUUGUAAAAUGCGAUCCUUGUAGACCAUUCUGGAAACAGAACAAAAAAAAUGCAAAUAUCCAUUACUUUCAUAGUUGCCUGCUUGUAUCAUUGUUUCAUGGCAGGGACUUUACAAUAUUAUGGACAAAGCAAUUGUGCAGUCUUUUUAUUUAAACAAAGGACACAUGUUUACAGAGCCACAUAUUGUGGUUACUUUGUUUUGUUUGUCUUUUAAAGAACUUAACGUGUUUUUAGGCAAAGCUUUUUCUGUAUUAUUACUGAAAGCUAUUUGAAUGUUAAAGUUUAUAUACUGUAUGUGUGUGCGUGUGUAUAUAUCUAUACACACAUACACACACACAUACAUGCACAGAAUAUAAAUACACAGCUGGAGAGUGCUGUAUGGAUAUUCUGAUAUUUGUACAACACGACGCUCCAUCCCUAUAUACUGUACAUGAAAUACACACACACACUACUUUCAGGAGGCUGGUACUAAAAUCAUUGACCAUUUUGAGAACUAAGUUUGUGUGUAAAAUUACAAAACUGCAUCCCUCGACCUUUCAAAUGAUGUAAUAUCAGACUCAUCUAUUUUGGCAAGUAUACGGUUUUAUGAAAUUUCCAUAUAAACAGAGUAUGAAAAUGAAGAAAGUACUUGAAUGUGUGCAUGUGUUAUCACGAAGAUAUCUUUGUUCUGGCUCCUAAUCAUUAUUCUGCAUUAACAGUGCACAUACUUUUAGCUUCUCUAUAUCUUUGAUAAGUUGUGGUUAUAAAUUUUAAUGUUUUAGGGUUAAGUGGGGUUGUUUGUCUAUGCAAUGUUUACUGGUCUUUAACUGACCCCAGAGUCAAAAUGCACACAUCAAACUCCCUCUCAAACAUGAAACCACUUAAGGCACAAAAUGUAAGCAAUGAUGGUGCUGGACACCAAACUUAAAAAGGCACAGCAUUAAUCUGGGUGUAGAUUAAAGAAUAACUAUAGAAAAUGCCCAGUCUUGCUGCAAAUCUUGAGGUUUAUGUAGCAGGGAGAAUAUAUUGGUUAUCCCAACUGGCUUCCACAUGUUUUGUGUAACAGAAUCCUGCUUCUGUGACUUUUCUGUAAUAGGGAUAUACAUUCUGUGAAUGACACUGAAUGUGUGUCUCAGCUUUGUUACAGGGUUCUUAUUGAGAAAUUGAAUGAAAUAAACCACAGUGGUUAGAUUCUACACUUCUAUCCAUGUAUUGUAAUAUUUCAGUUCAGCCAUUUAUGAAAAGACUGGGAGAAGAUGAAUUAAAUUGAAAUCAUGAAUAUCCUAAUCAUGAAUAUGACCAUGGAUUACAGAAUUGGCACACAAUGCCUGAUGUUUGUUCUGAGUAGAAACAUUGUUUGUUAGUUUUGCAGAAAUGUUUAAAUGCUGGGCUCAAAACUGCAUUGUUUCAUAUCAACAAGCCAUGGAGUGCUCAUAGCCAAUCAACACCUGUCUUCUGGUUGUGAUGGAACAAUGAUCAGACUCCCUUGCAUAAAUCCUGAAGUGGACAUAUAUUCCAUAUAUAUAAUAAUAAAAGAAUCUUUUGUUAAAUUA